AUACUGUGUUAAUAGUACCAAUUCAAUCAAUGCUUCAUUUAUUAAAGAGAAAGCACUUGAAGUACAAAGAUCACAGCCCUUUCUAUCGCAGAAGCCAAUAUAUUUAUCCAUGGAUUGUAUUCUCAUGUAAUGGAUCAGUUACUAAAUGGAUCUUUGGAGCUAACAAUAAUGGAACCACUGCUAUUCAAUCUGAGCUCCAAAUAUGGCGUCAACUGGGUCCCAAUAAUUACAAUAAAAUAGGAUCUAGUUUAGUUAAUGCUAAUACAAUGAUUGGUACUAAUCUCUAUGAGUUUAUUCCUCAGACUCCACUGCAGUUCCAGGAAGGAGACAUAUUUGGUGUUCAUACUGAUAGAACUGAUGGAGAGAGACUAGUUCUAUAUGAACAGAGAGAAAGUGGACCAACUAACCUACGAAUCAGGGAUAGUGUAGAUUCUCCUCCAUCAACAAUAUCUGAAACACUUAUAACAGUAAACAAUGACUUUCCAUUGGUCACUGUGGAGAUCAAUAUUUCUACCCAACCAACUGUUGCAAUAACAUCAAGUAUAACUGAAAAUAUUUUAGAAGCUUCUGUUUCAAUUAUUUUAUCAAUGACUUCCCUUUCUCCUACCAUGUUUGCACAUACACUCUCUUCCUCAUCAUCAUUCUUACAUAAAUUGUCAAGUGAAUCAAUCAAUGUUCAUGAUACUUUACUAAAUGUUGUUACUAAAACAAUGAACGACAGACUGACAGCCAAAGUACUUAGUACCUCUCCCACACAUAGCAUGAUAGAGCCAACCAUAGGGGUAGGAACAAACUAAAAGUUGGGGGGGCUA